AUGAAGGAUCUUCACUCAACACCUUUCCCUUCCCGUCACACCAGUCAAUGCGACUCCUGCAUUUUCCAGCAGCAUUCGCUACACAGUCCAGACUUCAGUCGAGCUGUGGUUGGAGGUCAGAAAGGCUACCAGACCUACCGGGACCUCCCAUGGGAUCUUCAAAAAAUUCAUCAGCCAGCCAUCAAAAUAAGACAUCUCGAGCCCUGGAAAAUUGCUCUAAUUGUUAUUGGAACAGCAGUGGCAGCAGCCAUCACCAUUGGUCUCCUAGUUUAUUUUCUGGCAUAUGAUCAGAAGCUGUUCUAUUACAGCGGCAACGUAAAAAUCACCAAUAUCCGGUACAGUACUGAAUUGUCCAGACAGACCUCAGGGAAGUUCAGAGACCUGAGCGAGAGGGUUGAGAGACUGAUGGACAAGACAUUUCACAAUUCCAUUUUAAGGAAAAAAUACGUCCGUUCACGCUUAGUCAGAGUGAGUCCAGAUGCUGAUGGUGUGGUGGCAGAAGCUUUGCUCACAUUCUGGUUCUCCUCCACGGAUUGCAAAGAAGCACUGCGAGAAAGAGUUGAAAGGAUCUUACGGAGGGGCCUGAGAAAAUACACUGGACCCCUGCGAAUAAAUGUCAGGUCUUCUACUGUCUCAAAUGUGGAGAGGAAAAGAGCAGAAGCAAUCUUCAAUGACAUCUGUGGGUUACGGCAGAAUAGAUCAGUCAAGUCAAUAGCGAAAGCAACAUCGUUGCGAAUAGUCGGUGGAUUGUCUUCUGCAGAGACUGGGGAUUGGCCAUGGCAAGCUAGUUUGCAGUACAAUAAUAUCCAUCGCUGUGGUGCGACACUCAUCAGCAAUACGUGGCUUGUAUCUGCAGCUCACUGCUUCAGAGAAAUGAGUCACCCUCACAAGUGGACUGCUACUUUUGGAGCUCUUUUGAAGCCACCGAGCUUAAAACGAUCAAUCAAGACUAUUAUUAUUCAUGAAAAGUACCGCUACCCAGAGCAUGAUUAUGACAUUGCACUUGUGAAGCUCUCUAAACAAGUUGAGUUUACAAGUAACAUACACCGUGUUUGUCUGCCUGAGCCAUCUGAGACUUUUCCAUAUAAUAUUUAUGCUGUCAUCACAGGCUGGGGAGCACUUACCAAUGACGGUCCAACUCCUAAUGCUCUUCAGGAAGCAACAGUGAAACUUAUUGACUCGAAUACUUGCAACAAAAAGGAAGUAUACGAUGGGGACAUAACACCCAGAAUGUUGUGUGCAGGCUACUUGGAAGGAGGAGUAGAUGCUUGCCAGGGGGACUCUGGGGGACCUCUGGUUACUCCCGAUUCUAGACUGAUGUGGUACCUCGUGGGAAUAGUGAGCUGGGGAGACGAAUGUGCCAAACCAAAUAAACCUGGAGUUUACACACGAGUGACUUAUUUCCGUGACUGGAUUACCUCAAAAACUGGCAUCUAAUUCCAAAAUCAAAACGGAUAUAACUACAUAGGUUACACGUUACUCAUACUUGUCUGUAAUUGUGAAAAGUUAUUUUUUUUAGUAUAUAUAUUCCUAUGUAGUUUUUGUCAAAGCAAACUUUGCCUGCAGCAAGCACUAUCUUUUCUGUCAGAGAUCCUAAGCCCUUAUGAAUUUAUACUAAGCAUAGGAGAUGGCUGUCUCCAUCUUUGAGCUUUAAAGCAUUCUCACUUAGAAAUUAUAAACCGUUGUCAUUAAACUAACAUUUAAAAGCUAGCUAUUUACCUCCUUUAUAAACACAAACAGUUUCUGGGGAAAAAAACAAAACAAACCAAAACAAAAGAUUCAGCCACAGUUGAGGCCUGAAGAUGUCCACACUCUAAGCAUAGAGGAAGCUGAAGCAAAUGUUGUCACAACUGACUUUCUAGGAAAGUGAACUUUUGAUUAUUAUUCGUAUUAGAGACCAUCAUCUGCACAGACUGUACCCAAGACCCUGGAUACUCACCCUGCUUGGUGGUCUUGGUGGCUGAAAUGGGAUCAGCCAGGAGUGAGAACAAGUCCUAGUUAAGGAAGAGGAGGAUUUCUGUGUUUGCAGCAAGUUGGAAGAGAAAACACAAAAGCUUCAUGUUCUUGUUUUUAAGCAUAUUUUUAACAGGGAAAAAAA